CUGGGAAGAGAGGAGCUGAGGGGGGGGGAGCGCCCUGUUAUGUGUGUUCCCUCGCCCGAGUGUCAGGCCUUGCUACCCACAAUGCCAUGCGGCCCUGGCCGCUCCGUCAUGGAGGCAGCAGCAGGGGCCCCUGAAGCAGCCGCGUCCGCCGCAACUGGGCGGCCAGGAGCCUCGGCGAUAGCGCCCCGAAACGCUCCCUCUUGCUGCUUCUGGGCGGCUUGAUCCGUCCCGCCUCGCUGGGGGGGGGGGCGUCCAGCAUGAGCGGCGACGGAGGUAGCAGCGGUGGUGGUGGUGGUGGCGGCAGCGGCUCAUCUUCGUCUGCUCCUGGCCGCUUCGCCGACUACUUCGUGAUCUGCGGGCUGGACACCGAGACUGGUCUGGAGCCGGACGAGCUCUCGGCAUUAUGCCAGUAUAUACAGGCCUCUAAAGCCCAAGAUGGUGGUAGCCGUUUCAUUUCAAGUUCAGCAGAAGGUGAAAACUUUGAACAAACUCCAUUAAGACGCACAUUCAAGUCCAAAGUUCUUGCUCGUUAUCCAGAAAAUGUUGAAUGGAAUCCUUUUGAUCAGGAUGCAGUGGGAAUGCUAUGUAUGCCUAAGGGUCUGUCUUUUAAGACACAAGCUGAUGCCAGAGAACCUCAGUUCCAUUCUUUUAUCAUUACCCGUGAAGAUGGCUCUCGGACAUUUGGGUUUUCUCUCACAUUUUAUGAGGAAGUUACCAGCAAACAAAUCUGUAGCGCAAUGCAGACAUUAUAUCACAUGCACAAUGCGGAAUAUGAUAUUCUUCAUACUCCACCUACCAGUGACAAAGAUAUCUGUAGCACCAUAGAAGACUGUAAUGGCACCUCUGUAACAAAGCUACAACGAUUUAACUCCUAUGAUAUUAGCAGAGACACUCUUUAUGUCUCUAAGUGCAUUUGUCUGAUAACCCCAAUGUCUUUCAUGAAGGCGUGUAGGAAAGUGCUUGAGCAACUUCAUCAAGCUGUAACUUCACCUCAACCACCACCAUUACCUUUGGAAAGCUUUAUCUACAAUAUACUCUAUGAAGUUCCCCUACCACCAGCAGGGAGAUCACUAAAAUUUUCAGGAGUUUAUGGACCAAUUAUCUGCCAGAGGCCAAGCACCAGUGAAUUGCCAUUAUUUGACUUUCCAGCUAAAGAAGUUUUUGAGUUACUUGGAGUAGAGAAUAUGGUUCAGCUCUUCACCUGUGCUCUUUUGGAAUUUCAGAUAUUGCUUUAUUCACAGCAUUACCAGAGACUGAUGACUGUUGCUGAGACAAUCACAGCACUGAUGUUUCCAUUCCAAUGGCAGCAUGUCUAUGUUCCCAUCCUUCCAGCCUCUCUCCUGCAUUUUUUAGAUGCUCCUGUCCCAUAUUUGAUGGGCUUGCACUCCAAUGGACUAGAUGACCGGUCUAAGCUGGAGCUCCCUCAAGAGGCAAAUUUGUGCUUUGUGGACAUAGACAACCACUAUGUUGAAUUGCCAGAAGACUUGCCUCAAUUUCCAAAUAAACUUGAAUUCAUUCAGGAAGUCUCUGAGAUCCUUAUGGCUUUUGGGAUUUCACCCGAGGGAAACUUGCACUGUAGUGAAAGUGCCUCCAAGAUGAAGAGCCUCAAAACAUGUGACAUAGUCUCUGAUAAGAAAAAUGGUAAUCUAGGAGGGACAACUUUAAAUUCAUAUGAACUGUUGAAAGAAAAUGAGACCAUAGCAAGACUUCAAGCACUUGUUAAAAGAACAGGUGUGAGCCUAGAAAAGCUUGAAGUUCGAGAAGAGACUGGUAGCAGCAAGAAGGAUCUCAAAGUGCAAUGUGAUGAAGACGAGUUCAGAAUUUACCAGUUGAAUAUUCAAGUGCGGGAAGUUUUUGCUAAUCGUUUCACUCAGAUGUUUGCAGAUUAUGAAGUAUUUGUUAUUCAGCCCAGUCAAGACAAAGAGUCAUGGUUCACCAAUAGAGAGCAGAUGCAGAACUUUGAUAAAGCAUCAUUCUUGUCUGACCAGCCAGAACCUUAUUUACCUUUCCUCUCAAGAUUUUUGGAGACACAGAUGUUUGCUUCCUUUAUCGACAACAAGAUUAUGUGCCAUGAUGAUGAUGAUAAAGACCCUAUUUUGAGAGUGUUUGAUUCUAGAGUGGAUAAAAUUAGACUGUUAAAUGUUCGAACACCAACUUUGCGCACUUCCAUGUAUCAAAAGUGUACUACCAUUGAUGAGGCUGAGAAAGCUAUUGAAUUAAGGCUUGCAAAAAUAGAUCAUACUGCAGUCCAUCCCCACUUGCUAGAUAUGAAGAUUGGACAAGGAAAAUAUGAACCUGGAUUCUUCCCCAAACUUCAGUCUGAUGUUCUUUCUACGGGGCCAGCAAGCAAUAAAUGGACCAAACGAAAUGCACCUGCACAGUGGAGGCGGAAAGACAGGCAGAAGCAGCACACAGAGCACCUUCGUCUUGACAAUGAUCAGAGAGAGCUGGAUUUUCCUUUGCCAGACCUUCAGUUGCAAUUUUGUUUAGACUUGGACCAGCAUGACUGGCCUUUCAGGCACUCUUUUAAGUCUGUUUCAGAACUAUACCUGAAGUAUAUCCAAGAAGCUCGGAAUCUUGGCAGCACUAUUCGGCAGCCCAAAUUGUCUAACCUUUCGCCAUCAGUAAUUGCCCAGACCAACUGGAAAUUUGUUGAAGGUUUGCUGAAGGAAUGUCGAAAUAAGACAAAGAGAAUGCUAGUGGAAAAAAUGGGUCGUGAAGCAGUCGAACUUGGUCAUGGUGAGGUGAACAUUACAGGUGUAGAAGAGAAUACAUUAAUAGCUAGUCUCUGUGAUCUCUUGGAAAGGAUAUGGAGCCAUGGUCUGCAGGUGAAGCAGGAUAGAAGCUGUACUACUUUCAUCCUAGAAGAUAGAGCAUCAGUAUACUCUGCUACAACUCAGAUUUGGGCCUUUCAGACCAGCAAGCGGCCAACCCUACAUAAGGGGAAGUCUGCUUUGUGGUCACAUUUGUUACAUUACCAAGAAAAUAGACAGCGAAAACCUACAUCCGGGAGCUUCAGUACCUCAGGAAUACUACUUGAUUCAGAAAGAAGGAAGUCAGAUGCCAGCCCAGCAAUGUCUCCCUUAAGAGUAUCUCUCAUCCAAGACAUGAGGCAUAUCCAGAAUAUAAGUGAGAUAAAAACUGAUGUUGGUAAGGCUCGAGCUUGGGUUCGGCUCUCUAUGGAAAAGAAAUUACUUUCCCGUCACCUGAAACACCUUCUUUCUGAUCAUGAACUCACAAAAAAACUCUAUAAGCGCUAUGCAUUCCUCCGCUGUGAUGAUGAAAAAGAGCAGUUUCUGUAUCAUCUCUUGUCAUUCAACGCAGUUGAUUACUUUUGUUUUACCAAUGUUUUUACAACUAUCUUGAUUCCAUACCAUAUAUUGAUCAUUCCUAGCAAAAAACUUGGUGGCUCAAUGUUCACAGCCAACCCAUGGAUAUGCAUUUCAGGAGAACUGGGUGAAACAGGAGUCCUACACAUUCCAAGGAAUACACUGGAGAUGACAUUUGAGUGUCAGAACCUGGGAAAGCUUACCACAGUACAAAUAGGACAUGAUAAUUCUGGACUGUAUGCAAAGUGGCUUGUGGAAUAUGUCAUGGUGAGAAAUGAAGUAACGGGUCACACUUACAAGUUUCCAUGUGGGAGGUGGCUUGGAAAAGGGAUGGAUGAUGGCAGUUUAGAGAGGAUCCUGGUCGGAGAAUUGCUGACAUCCCAUUCUGAGGUAGAUGAAAGGCAGUGCAGAACUCCACCUUUGCAGCAGUCCCCAAGUAUGAUUAGAAGAUUCGUUACAAUAUCACCAAACAACAAACCAAAGUUAAACACAGGUCAAAUACAAGAAUCUAUUGGUGAAGCAGUAAAUGGAAUUGUCAAACACUUCCACAAGCCAGAGAAAGAGAGAGGCAGUUUAACACUUUUGCUGUGUGGUGAAGGUGGGCUUGUCUCAGCUCUUGAGCAGGUGUUUCAGCAUGGAUUUAAAUCUCCCAGGCUCUUCAAAAAUGUCUUCAUUUGGGACUUUCUAGAAAAAGCACAAGGAUAUUAUGAGGCUCUAGAGCAAAAUGAAUUGGUCCCAGAGGAAAACUGGCAGAAAAGGGCCAGGAGUUUUUGUCGCUUUGUCACAGCCAUCAAUAACACUCCUAGAAACAUUGGGAAAGAUGGCAAGUUUCAGAUGUUGGUGUGCCUUGGAGCCAGAGAUCACCUCUUGCACCAUUGGAUUGCCUUGCUAGCAGACUGCCCCAUCACAGCUCAGAUGUAUGAGGAUACAGCGCUCAUAAAGGAUCAUACCCUAGUGAAUUCCUUGAUUCGUGUGUUGCAGACUUUGCAGGAGUUCAACAUCACAUUGGAGGCAUCCCUCGUUAAAGGAAUAGACAUCUGAUCCGUCUCUUGCUACAAGCACUGUAAAAAAGCAACAAGGAACAAACCAUUAUUAGUAUGCAGAAAUUCAAUCGGCUAAUACAUUGCAUCCAAAUAUUUACAUCACUUGCUACAACUCUUCUGGAAAGAAGUUCAAAACAGAGAAUGGAAAUGUGGAUGAAAGCUCUACACCCAACGUGUAAUAGGGGAAAUAUAACCUAUAAAUCACUUUUAGAAUUUAUUUGCUGAUUUGCUUUUACACACUUUCAUGUGAAAGAGUUAAGAUAAUGAGUAUUGUGCAGCUUAUUUUAAAGCUGUAAUAUUUCUUUGCCAUUAAAAAUGGCACAGUGAGAAGCUAUUGGCAUUCUCUCAACUUGCCUUCAGACUGUAUGUUGAAAAGUAUAGCUCACACAUUCCAUUUCUGCUAAGGGUCAUUCAGCAAUUGAAAAUCUAAUAGUUUAUUAUAAACAUUUUCAUCAUUGGCUUUUACGUGUUGGGUCACUGUUCUGCAAGAAAAACUAAAAGUUUAAAUAUUGUUUUUAAUAGCCUUGAAGCACUGAAUUCAUUAGCAAAUCCUUUUUUUCUUUAAUUUUUGUUGUCAGUAUUAUUUUUGGCAGAUUUUUGAGGGGUGACUCAUGCAGAUGUGCAGAGAUCAGUGAUAUUUUUCAUAUGGGUACGAAAUUGCACAGAGAAAAUUAUAAAUGUGUUUUUAACUGGCAUUUAUUUAUUUAACUUUUCAUCAUGUUGUAAUGUCUUUGUCUAAGAAAAAGAAUACUAUAUACAGUACUUAACAGGCUACGUUACAUGACUGUUGUGUUUUCAAUUUAGAACCUAAUUAGAGUACAGCCCACCUAAAUACAAGGCCAGAAUAAGAGUGUCUGUUAUCAAAAUAUGUCUUGUCAUGAACCUGCCUUUCAAUUUAUUAGUCAUUACUAACAAGUCCAUUGAUUUCAGUGGGUCUGCUCUGAGUAUGAAAUAGUUGGAUACACCAUAAGUGAUUAUCCUAAGCCAUGUGUACUCUAUGUAAUGGCUAACAGUCUAAUUAAAGACUAGAUGUAACAUUGACCUGGUUUGCAUUUAACACUAAGCCAAACCAUGACUUAGUGCAAAAGAGCAAACAUUCAGGUUCCUGAAGUGAAGAUUGCACUGCAGCAAUCCUCCCUCAGUGUUUGCAGCUGAAAGGGUUCAGCCAUAAAUUGGCUUUGUGUUACAUCCAAACCCAAGCUCAUGGUUUGUCUUGUCCUUGGUUACCUCUUGAGGUUUGUCUGCAGCAGAUAAACUAUGGUUCAGGCAUAACAUGAAGUCAAACCAUGGUCAAAGGCAUGGGUUAAGCAGCAGCAAGAUUUGAGGAGUGCUGUGGCCAUAAUAUAUAUGCUCCAGAAAGCAAAUGUUUGUUUGUUUGCACUAAGCCAUGUUUUGGCUUGGCAUUAUGUGCAAACUAGGUCUAUAAAUGUGUAAGGAUCAGAUACAGCAGCAGUUGUUUCACAAUUGUUUUGUCAUCUUGCAAUACUAGCAUUACCUUAUAACAGCUUCACAAGCACAUGUGCUGGUGCAAAUACUUCAGGUUGGUUGUAAGUGAGAGCAGUAUUACUGUGACCAAUUUAUGCUGCUACUCAAUAUAAUGCUAUGUUAAGGUUUAAAAUCUUUCCCUUGGUAACCCAGUUCACAGACAGAACAUAUGGAACAUUUUUUGUUUGAAAUGCUGAGCAUUCAUGUGCUAAUUUUUGUAUAUGUUAAAGGCUGGAGGUUUUGGAUGCUUGUGAACACAGUGUAAAAAUAUUAGAAUAUCCUCAUAAUGUUCAGAAUUUGUGGACUUUUUAAAUAGUAAAAUUCCAAUUGGAAAAAUCUAGUGAAUACCUAGAAGCAACUGUUCUUGUUAGAAUUCUCAACAAAAAUCCCUAGGAGAUGCAUAAUGAGCUAAGGAAACACUAAGAUAUACUAUACAAGCAUUAGGUCUCUGUAUUAAGAUUCCAGAUUCUACAGGCCUUUGCUGUAUACAUGUCUGAAGUUAGCCUCUUUAACUUCUGAUAAAGACGUUUUCAACUGUCAGUCUCCAACAACUAGCAUUAUUCUUUAUUUCCUACAUCUUGUGGUCAUUUUUAUUCCAGUAACUUAAAAAUAUAGCACAUGUAUUAAAUUUUACUAUUUUUACUUUUCUUGUGUUUUAUUUUGUUAUUACUUUGAAAAGUUGUUAUUGCUUUGGACAGUGUUCUCGAAGCUACGAACAUGAGUCUGACCAAACUGCGGGAGGCAGUGGAAGACAGGAGUGCCUGGCGUCCUCUGGUCCAUGGGGUCACGAAGAGUCGGACGCGACUAAACAACAACAACACUCUUGUUUCUAAUUUGAAUUGGUUGAACUUGAGAAAAUCAUGCUGGAGACUGAAAAGAAUGCAGCCCACAUUAUCACAACAUACCCGAUGAAUAAACAUACUCAUGCUGGCUUGAGGUGCAUGGCUCUACUGACAUUAGUUCUGCAAUAACAGAAACACCCCCCCCCCCGGUUAGCUCAGUUAAAAGUAUAUUACACAACUGUACAAAGAAUAUGGAAAAAUGGAAAAGCCUGUUGUUUUUCCGAAGACUUACUUUUGCAGCAUUGUAAGAUAGACUUGUAAGAUAAGACUUGCUUCUAAUAGUAGAUGACACAGUUAUGGCUUUGCUUGAUGUGUUGUGUGAACUGAGGGUUGUGGUUUAGCUCUCUAGAGACUAAACAUGAGCUGAAAUGAAGGUUUGUUCUUAGUUUCUGACUUAUGGUUUAUCUCAAAGAGCUAAAUCAUAAGCCCCCAAGUUCAGAUGACACACUAAGCCAAGCUAUGGCUUCGCUUAGCACAGUGCAGCAGCAAAACAACCAAGCAGUAGCAAAGUGACAGUGAUUUCCUCUCCAUUCAUAUACCCUAGGACGGUCAUUGUUUGGCUUAAGUGUGAUGUGUGAACCAGGCCAGAGAGCAAGACAGACAGACAGACAGACCAUAAUUGCUUUUGCCACUUAAGUUCUCAUCAAGAAUGGAUAUAUUUUGGAAGAUUUCUGUUGCCAUAGUUCAAUAUGGAGAGUUGAAAAAUUAGCUGGAAAUUGUUUAUUUACUUCUCAUCUUUGUAGUUCCUUUUAUACCUAUUGGUAGUUUAUCUUCUUCAAAAUACAGAAUCAGGUUUAAUAAUGCUAAUAAUAAUCUGUUUGGUUUUAAAACUAGUCAUUGAAGUUCAUAGAACUAGAACAGAAAAUGUGGUUACUAUAUUAUUUUUCUAAUUUCCGGGUUGUAAAUCUAAACGUAUGUCCAGAUGCAGCUAACUUUGCUGUACUACAAUAAAGCUUUCUUCUGAUAGGACCAAUAGAAUUAAGCUACUGUGCCAUCCUUGGCAGCUGUUUAUUCUAAUUAGGCUUUACAUUCUGCUCUAAUAUUUUCACCUUGUGUUAGUUAGGAUUGCUAGAAACAUUGUUUAUAAAAGAAAUGUUAUAGCUAGAUGGCGCUGUUGAACAGGUGCUUGUAUAGAUUCUGGGAAUUUAAAGCACUUUGCAGUGUGGACCCCCCCUCCCCCACCAAUGCUUUUCUAAAUCUUAAAAAAGCUUAUUUUGCCAGUAUACUGCCAUCUUCUCCCCACACCCGGGCAAUGAUUUUUACCGGUAAUACUGGCUCACAUAGAUCCUACUUUGCCUUGUCUAAAAGAAGAUGGUGCCUCAUUUACCUUUUUCAUAGCUGGAAGCAUGAUGGAUAUUGUGUUGCAGCCUUAGAGCAAUCACUAUCCUGUAUUUUGCUAAGCAACAGCUAUCUACCCAGCCUUCCUAUAACUACCAAGAUCUGCUGUGUUUUUCCUCUCCUACUAGAAUACUUUGCCUGUUGCUCACUACUUUCAACAUUAUCAAGUUCUCAAUCCGUCCCAUCUAUGUGAAUAGUGCUGCUGUUCUUGAUUAUGGAAAUAAAUGUCUUAGGAGGGUGAUCUGAAUAAAAGCAGUGUACUGCCAGCACCAUUUUCAGUGACACCCUAUCCAUGUAAACAAAUUAGAGGUGACAUUCUAGAUAACAAGCUCAUACAAACAACCUUGGAACCACUGGAUUAUGUAAACAAGUCUGGGUAGUUCUGAAUCUCUCAUCUGAGCUUGAAAAAUUCUUAGAACUGCAGUUAAGGAAGAGGAGAAAUAUUGCUAAGAAGAAAAUGUGUUCCAUUUUGUAUUGGUCACAUUUGAUUAAACAUUCCCUGUGAGGUUUGAGAGUUGUGGAAUACUUUUAAGUGCUUUAGGCAGCACAAUAGAAUAAAUCUACUGUGAAAUCUAUGUGGACCAUUGAAGAUUUAUGCAUGAAGGGGGUCAGCCCUCUACAGUACUAUGUUCAUGGAAAUACAUGUCGGAUCAUAAACUGCAAAAUAUAUGCACAUCACACUGAUUUACUAUAAAGUUCAUUGCUGCAGAUUCCCUGCACUUUUUAAUGCCAUUAUAUCCAAGGGAAGAAUGUUGGUACAAAGGUACUGUGUUGUCAGUUUAUGACCUCAGGGAAAAGUUUGAUUAAAAUAGCUAGUCAAAACUGAUUAGCCUGUUUUGUUUUUUAACAUUGGGUGCUUUAACUAUAAUGGUACAAACCUCUGGGUUUGCCCCGCAUCUGAGAUAGCACCACAUAAUUAGGCAUCUCUUAAGAUAUAAUGGAAACAUGAAAAUACCAUACAGAGAAAAGCUUUCAAACAUGGAAGAAACAAAGCACAGACAUAAGGGAGAUUAUUAAAGUUGUAUUUCACAAAACACCCAAUAGGUUUGUUGAAAUGGUUCAGUGUAUAAAUCCUUACCUGUGGGAAAAGGGAAAUAGUAUGAUACAUUCUCCAUGAGAAUAAUAAUAUGAAACUGGGAGGGCCUUAUGAACACAAACUAAAAAGCUUUGAAGCAAAAUGUUACAAAAUUAAAAGGCAGU